AUCACAAUAAAAAAAAACUUUUUUCUCUCUUAAUAUAUUUAAUAUAUACCACCGUAUAUAGAAAUGUCUAGUGAGAGUAAUGUUGUUGUUAUGGUUCAUUGGAAUGGCUCUACAUUUCAAAAAGAUGAUGAAAUAGAGUACUCCAUUCCUCCUAGGGCGGUACUAUUCAUCACCGAAGAGGAUGAUUUUACCAGUAUAUACGAGAGUGUUCUAAACCAUGUUAGAAGUGAGGGAUUUUCCGAAAUUAAAUUAAUUCACGGAAAAUUGCCGAAAUAUAAGAACUCGGUAUAUGUAGCUUCUAGACUAUGGCCCAUUCACGAUGAGAAGACAUGGACUCAUUUUUUCAAGAUUGCUAGAAAUGAGUACGAUGAAUUGCACAUUUACGCGGAAGCUAUACCAGCCCCGUCACAAAAUGUGACGUUCCAUGAAGCUUCUACAAAUAAUAAUGCUAUGCUUCAAAAUAGCGGAAGGGGUCCAUCAUCAAUAUAUGGCCGGAGGAACAAGCCCCAAACGUUUCAGAACUUCGAAUCUCCAGGUAUGUAUUGUUCAUGUUAAAUACAAUUUGAAAUGAAUUGGUUUUAUGUGUUGACAUUUAUUGUUAAUAGUUUAAUAAAUAGUUAAAUGUUAUAUAGUGAUCGAAUAGUUAAAAUAAAAAGUUAUCAACGAGACCUUUAAAAUAAAGUAAUAGAGGAGCAAAUUGUAUGAAUUGCAUAAAAUUUCUAAUAGUUUAAUUUAAGUGCGGAUCUGACCCCUCGAUCUAUAAUAAAAAUUAAACGGGUACAAAUUUAUCACAUAAGACUAGUUCACUGUAUUUAUCAUGUGCCGGUAAUUUAUUUUUAGGUGUUUUGAUAAUAGUACAUUACACUAGUUUAAAGAAUAGUACAUUACACGAGUUAAAAUAAUACGUAGUAGUACAUUACGUGUCUCAAAAAAUAAUUAAGGACUCAUUCAAUUAAACAAGAACACAUUCAAUACUAGUGACCUAUGUUGUAAAAACCGAAUCGGGAAGUGACCCGGCCGAAUGAGCGGGUCAUGGGUCAACCCGGACCUAGCAGGUCAAUCGUCGGGUCAACCCGGUCAACGCCAGAAAACUCGGUCAACAUAGAAAUUAAAUUAUUACUCUGAAAUAUACAAAUUUUAACAAAAUAUAAAAUGUAUUUUAAGUUAAAUUGACAAUACAUACAAAUAUGAUGCUUAUUUAAAAAGUUUAAUGUUAUAUAAGUAUAUACUUUCAGUUAUUAAUACAGUAAUAGUACAUAGUCUUUAUUAAUGUUGUUAUAUUUUAUUAUGAUGAUCAUUACUCCGUAUUAUUUAUCAAGUAGUAGACUAGUAGUUAGCUAAAUUGACAAUAAAUACAACUAUGAUGCUUAUUUAAAAAGUUUAAUGUUAUAUAAAUACUUUCAGUUAUUAAUAUAAUAAUAGUGCAUAGUGUUUAUUAAUGUUUUAUAUUUUAUUAUGAUGAUUAUUAGGAUGUUUUUGCUUGGACUGUAAUUUACUGGUCUGGUCUGGUCUGGUUUCUUUGUAUUUUUAUAACUAUCCAAGUCUGGUCUGGUCUGGUCGUACCUUAUUUGGUAAAGUUUGUGUGGCUCAAAAUUAUUCUUACUUUAUUCUUACUUUAUUCUUAUUUUAUCAAUUAAUAUCAACCGCACAAACUUAAUUAGUUUAUACGUAGUACUUAUUUAUCAAGAAGUAGACUACUAGUUAAUAUCAACCUCAGUGGUCCAACUGUAUAUACAAAGGAUCGGUGGAUCGAGAUGUGCACGGAGUCGGCUGGUUUCACUCCUCAAGAGACCGGUUUGCGCACAUCAGAUAUUGUUAUGAGUAGUGUUAUGCGUUGCCCAAUACUACCUCAUAGUACAGACGAAGAGGUCACCCAGCACGCUAGGGUCAUAAUAUGGCAAUUAUUGGGAGGCUUUUUAUUCCCUGACACGAGUUUGAGCAGAAUAAGAUUGUAUUUUUUGGAGCUCUUGCAGGAUGACUUGGCUUUACCCCGGGACCUCAACAGCGUACGCUUGUACCGGGACCUCUUAGACCGCAUGACUGAGAGCCAGUUUGAUUUCUUUCCCUACCCAUUCGACGCACUCCCACAAAUCUGUGUUGAUGCCAUUCGGCUUUGGGCAUAUGAGGGGAUGCUCGUAUUUUGCAAUAUGACUGAAAGGCAUUACCCCGAUCGAUUUCUUCGGCAGUUCCAUAUAAUGCAAGAUAUUCCGAAAGACACUGAGCAGGGGAAUGAUCAUCACGCUAGUCGUUCCGCUGUAUCAUCAUCUGUGUUAACAUGGUGGGCGGACCGACAUAAUCAUGUAUACGCCCUGGAUUAUGAACAAAAAAUGAAUCUCGAAGCGACCGAUAGGUACCGAAGAUGGUACUCGCUGCAUGGGAUGAUACGUGUCAGGAACCCUUCUCAUGUUGCGCCCGCGAUAGGCUACACCCCGACAACACGCGAUUGGGGCCUUAUGAAGCAGGGCAUGCACGAUGUGUAUCAGCUCGCCAACAGGGCAGGUUAUGAGGACGUAAAAGAACGGCUUGAGCGGUUGCCCCUGGAAUUAGGUAAUGAAGAGAUGCUCCACCAUGGCGUAUUCCUUUACCCGGAUGCACAAGAGGAGCCCGCUCAUGUCCCUCGUCGUAGGCCACACCGACGAAGAAAUGCUCCCACCCGUGAUCGUAGACAUGGUCACGCUGAUGAAGAUAGAGAUGAAUAUGCAGGUGACGGUGGAAAUGAGGAAGAGGGUAAUGCAGAUGAAGUUGAAGGUUGGGGUGAGGAAUCACAACCGCCCCCUCAAUUCUCUUCGCAUCAAGAUUUCCCAUUUUUUGAACCACCGACGUAUUAUGGUUCUUAUCAGUACUCUACACAGUCGGAUGCAUAUGUUUCCACUUAUGAAGACACAACGGGGGUUUGGAACACCGGCGGCAGGGACAUGGCAGGGCCGAGCACGCAAUGUUAGAUGUAGUAUUAAGUUUAUUAUUGUAGUAUUAAGUUUAUUAUUGUAUGUACAAUCUAUCUAUUUAUUACGGAGUAAUAAAUUACAUUGAAAACUAUUCACUUACAUUACAAUUACAAAAAUUGCAUUUUAAACAAAAUCAAAUUGUUAUUUGAUUU